CUUGGCGCUGGUUGCCACCGCCAUAAAACGGAAAAAGAAGAAGAAGCUUGUUUAGCAAGCUGCCGCGACUAGCUAUCUUUAAAUGUGGAGAAGGUUACAUUUAAAACGUUGCGGACAAAAGAUGUGACAACCUUCGGUUUUAAGGAUUGUUAGAGAGGCUGCAGUCAUGGGCCCAGACACUGCAUCUGUCUCUAAAACAGAAUCUUCAGAGGAAAGUCCAGGAGAAGUCGUCGUGAAGGUAAUCUCAGAAUCAGAUUUCAAUGAUGCUUCAACCGUCACUGAGCCCGAGAACUCCAAACGGCCAGAGAGCAACAUAUCAGACAAGUGUUACCCUUGCUCUGUGUGUGGCAAAGUAUUUGACAGACCAUCGAAGCUAGAGAGGCACAAACCUGUACACACGAGGAAGCCUAAAACUCUUCACCAGUGUCAGCAUUGUGAUAAGAGUUUCACACAACCAGAGAAGCUGAUCCGACACCAGAAUUGCCACAAUAGGACUAACAAGCACCCCUGUCCUGACUGUGGAAAAGUGUUCAACAGGCCUUCAAAGUUAGAGAGACACAAGCUCACACACUCAAAGAAACCAAAGGUGCCUCAUCAGUGUUCAUACUGCAUGAAGACGUUCAGUAAACUUAACAAACUUGUCCGUCACAAGCGAAUUCACACCGGGGAGAAGCCUUUCACCUGCUCGGUCUGCGGAAAAGGAUUCUCUGAGUCAUGUCACUGCAAAGCACAUGAAAAGACGCAUGAGGAGCAGCCAGAAAAACCUCACUGCUGCGUGAACUGUGGGAUGUGUUUCUUCAAGGCCUCAGAGCUCCGUCGCCACUUCCGCUCCCACACAGGAGAGAAACCUUUCAGAUGCACCCUGUGUGAGAGCUGCUUCUCCCGCUCAGAAGGACUUAAAAGACACAUGAGGAGCCACACAGGGGAAAGACCAUACAAAUGCAUUAUCUGCGGAAAGGGAUUUUAUUCUCGUCAGGAUUUGAAUAUUCACGGAUUGAUCCACUCGGGAGAGAAACCACAUCUUUGCCCUGUGUGUGGUAAAGGCUUCUCACAGCUGGGCAACAUGAAAGAACAUGAACAAAAUGUUCAUAUUAAGUCCGAGACAUAUAUUUGCAAUGAAUGUGGGGCAACCUUCACGCGGUACAAGUCACUGACAAAACAUCAGCGGACACACACAGGAGAAAGACCCUAUCUGUGCCUCACCUGUGGUCGCAGGUUUUCAUGGAGCCAUUCUCUUAGCAGACACCGGAGGACACACACACACAGGCAGAUGUCUGUGGAUACAUCCAAAGACAUAUCAAGUUUUGAAGGACCCUCUGAGAAUCCUAGCAGUUGAAAAUAGAAUUGAAGGCCUUAGAGAAAGGACAUUUCAUCUUCAAACAAUUUUCCUGGAACCACAUUCAAGCUAAAAUGUACUCAUUUAUAGUAUUUUGUUGUACAUUGAGAACUAAUUUUGAAGCUUUGUUACAGUUCACCUUGCUGCUUCCUUUGUUAUUUGUCCACAAAAUGUCAGUUAGAAAUUCUUAGUACAGGGCUCCAGAUCAGCUAUUUUUUCUCCCAAGAUUUUUAUUGAUCAAAAUAGGGGUGUAACGGUACAUGUAUUUACAUCCCAAACCGUUUGGUACAGGACGUUCGGUUCGGUAUGCGACUUCCUUGGAUCGGUAAACCCUGUGACCCAAACAAUACUGUCAAAUUAGUCUAUUUAUGUCGACUACUUGCACACACGGAACAGAAAUUCUAGAGCGCGAGUUUUACCCAGAACGUUUUGGCAGUGCACCAGUUGUUGUCUAUCAGCCCGGUUAGCCAGGUUAGUCAAGCUCCUGUAUUGUCACUGCCUCCGAAUGGUAAACACAAAUGAGAGACCAAAUUCAGACCAUGCCAAAGUAAUAAUGCCAUAGGAGUGUUUAUCACUGAGGAUAUGUGACCAUAGAGAAUACAGAAUUUAAGCAAAUGGUCCAAGUGCUUGAGCCCCACUACAAUGUGCCUUCACGUGUGUCAGUCUGUUGUGCCUGCCCUGUAUAAACGAGCGCAAGCUGCAGUCGUUCAGGAAUUAUCAACAGGUCAGAGUCUUAGGAUGGAGCAUUACUGAUAUUUGUGUUAUUUAUAUUUGUUAUUUAUUUAUGCCAGUAUUUCAGUCCAUUAACUGUUACAGUAAGAAUUAUGGCCAAUGAGCCAUUGUUGAAUGUUUACAUUUUUCAAAAUAAAUGACAAAAAUAUUGUUUUCUACAUUUUUUUGUUUUCCCUGCUGUACCAAAAAUGUACCGUGACCCCAAACCCAAGGUACAUACCGAACCGUGAAUUUUGUGUACGGUUACACCCCUAGAUCAAAGCCAAAAGGUAAAUUUUCUGGCAUCAGUGUUUAUUGUUAAUGUUGGCAGUUAAAAUUAAUGUUAUGUCAUGUUCUGUUAAUUGGCUGUAAUGGCUAUUUAAGCACACUCUAUGUGGAGAAGCCUUUAGAUAGUGUGGAAGAAUAUAUCAUAGAAUGAAUUCCCAGACUAUAGUCUUGACUAAAUCUGAGUAAAUGUCUGCUUUCCAGUGGUGAUUCACUUAAUCUGAUGUAUUCUGCUACCUCACUCUAGCAGUACCAUAGAAGGCAAACAGACAUUAACCAGCACAAGAUUUGUGCAUGGUUCAGUCAAUAGUUGAUAAAAGGAAGUUUGACUUACUUUUUCAAAUUUUGUUAGCUAAUUGCCCAUCAUAAACAGUUAAAUGUCAGUUAAACUAUUAUAUCAAGUCCUUUUUUUUAUAUAUAAUUAAACCUUCACACAAUGGUUAAUGCUAUGCUGACUCAGAGCAGAAAAGUGCUGUUACACUAUUCUCUAAGCAGGUAUAUUACCUCUGACCAUGGGAAACACCUGCUGCGAGAUCACAGAUUGCAAUGUAUCCAAAAGUACAAGCUUAAUGUUCAACAGUGGUUUGACCGUAAAGUGCAGCAGCAGUUUUCCUCUGUUAUGAGCUGUGUAAAAUUAAAAUGAUUAUAGGCAAAAUAUAUUUUUUCAGUUUUAUUUUAUAUUUAUGUAUAGCAUAUAUAUUGUGUAGUUACAUAAUCCAUUGAUCCAUUUUUUUGUGAUACUAUCUACAUACAUGGUAGCUUACUGUCAAUAAACGGAUACAUUACAUAGUGCUGUAGUUCACUGCAUAGUAACAACACAAUCUUAAAUACAUAUUCAAGUAAUGUGCUCAAAUGUAUUUUUAGUUGUGCCGAUAAAGAUGUGAAUUGAAUCUUGAGCUACAUAUGUUAUUAUAUAGAAAAUACAGCCACCAAUAAACUGUCUUCAUAUAAUGGC